AGGCGUAGCAGGCAGCGAGCGCCAGUAGUCAACUAGAGCCGCCAUUAUGGCUUUCCGAAACCACGCUCUAGAAGCAAGAAAAGAAAAUUGUUUUUUCCCGUUUGUGACCGAGUGCGAGCGCGCCGUAACUACCGGAAUGAACUAAAAAACGUUCCGGGUCGUGUUACCGGGUCCCGGUGGACCUCCUAGCGGACCUUGGAAGUAGAAAUUUUCGCGUGUUUUUUUUUUUCUUCCGUUCGGUUUUCUCGGUUUAGGUCCCAGUUUUUGCACGCAUCGAUCGGGCGAGGGGAAGUGUGAGGUGUCGGUAGGGUGGGUGAGAAAAAAAGAAAGAAAGAGACGGAAGACAGUCAACAAAAAGGCGUUCCGCAAGAAACAAGGCAGAUCAGAGUAGGAGGAAGCGGGAUAGCGAUCUUAGAAGUAGCAAGGCGUAGAAGGAAAAAAAAUGUCGAAGCUUUCGUUUCGGGCGAGGGCCCUGGAUCCCUCGAAACCAAUGCCGAUUUAUCUGGCCGAGGAGCUUCCGGAUCUACCGGAAUACUCGGCUAUCAACCGUGCCGUGCCGCAAAUGCCCAGCGGAAUGGAAAAGGAGGAGGAAUCGGAACAUCAUUUGCAACGGGCGAUAUGCACUGGACUCAUCAUUCCAACACCAGAGGUGUUCGAGGCGACCGAUUCGGAGUUUUACGAGAAAUAUUACCCGACGGACUACAAAAUGCCGAAACAGAUGAUCCACAUGCAACCGCUCAACCUGGAACAGGACGUGCCCGAUUACGACAUGGACAGCGCAGAUGAGCAGUGGGUAACCACUCAAAGUAAGCGGUUGGAUCUGGAUUCGCUCAAGUUUGAAACGAUGAUGGACCGACUAGAGAAGAGUUCCGGUCAGACAGUGGUCACGCUCAACGAAGCCAAAGCCCUCCUCAAACAGGAUGACGAACUGAGUAUAGCGGUGUAUGAUUAUUGGCUGAACAAGCGACUGAAAACGCAACACCCACUAAUCCUUUCGGUGAAGACGGAAACCAGGGGCAACACCACUCCAAACAAUCCGUAUCUGGCAUUCCGGAGACGAACUGAAAAGAUGCAGACCAGAAAGAAUCGAAAGAACGACGAAUCCUCCUACGAGAAGAUGUUGAAGCUGAGGCGAGACCUGAGCCGAGCGGUCACCCUGCUGGAAAUGAUCAAAAGGCGGGAGAAGAUUAAACGUGAACAGUUGCAUCUUGGCAUUGAGGUCUACGAGAAACGGUACCAGACGCAGGACUUUAACGGACAGCUUCUGUCUGAGUUCACAGCCAACGCGACUAAGGCUUCGAGACCCGCCUUUGCUCCAAUCUACUCUAAUCAAUAUUCAGCGCAUCACACUGCGCUGAGCGGAACGGCAGGAGCAGGAACCAGUGGGUCUGGGACGUACCAUGGUCCAUCGUCUUCUUCGGCCCAAUACCAUCACGUCGGAGGAUCCAGUUCCAACAAGCGGGACAGUGAAAGUCUAAGCAGCAGUCGAAAGGAGAAACGGCAGUACAAGAAACGAAAGCACAAAAUACAAAAGGAGCGGUCAUCGGCCAGUAGUUCAACGGUGACCGGAAACUCCACUGUCGGACUUGGUUCGACGGCUGUUGGAACGACGGGUGUCGGGGGUUAUCAUCAUUAUCAGUACCAUCCAGCUGGCGCUGGUGUAAGCGGGCUGAGCGGUGUUGCGGCAACUGGGGGUGUUAGUGGCCGUGGGGAUGCUGCUGUGGGAACCGGAUUGAGUAGUGGCACUGCUGAUCCGACAUUAUCCUCCGAUGAGGAGGAACUUGCAAACCUGCAAGGAGCUACCGCUCCGGAAGAGGAAUACGCAUACGCAUUUCGACGGAGUAAACUUAGUCAAUACCAUAGGCCUAUUACGAAAGGAUUCGGUGAUUGGCCAUGGGUGUCGAAGGAGGAGAACGGAAAAGCGGAUCUACGUUAUCGGUUUGCCCUCACGUCCCUACGACAUCCCAGACCCCGCUGCAUUGGAUUCGCUCGAAGGAGGAUCGGUCGUGGUGGCCGGGUAAUAAUCGAUCGCGCCUCAACCGAUUUGGAUGAUCUGUGGUCGCGGUUGGACUACAAGAUUAUCGAAUCGGAAACGACCCCAGCGGCGGCCGUUGCCGUAGAGCCCGAAGAGGAAAGCAUCGUGAUACCUGUGACAUCCAGCGUCAGUAGCGCUACCCCAACCGCGCCUACGAGCACGACCGUGAUCAGUCAGAUGGACCGGAAGUGGAACGAAUUGGAAUCGGCAAUUGCCGUGAAUAGUGGUUUGAAACGAACAAGACAACUGGUGAUCAAGGAAGAAACCGACCUGGACGAUUUGUUCAUGGCUAAUUUUGGGUUGGCCCGAAGAAGAAAAGCCGACUGUCUGGUGAAGGUUGAAGCAAUGGAAGAAGAAAGUGGUGUCAACAGUAGGUUGACCAGUGAAGAAGUGACAGUGAAACAGGAAAAAUGCAGUGAUGAAAGGACAUCGAUUGCGGCAGGUGGAGCGUCCUCGUCGGCGUUUGUAAUUAGUAGUAAUAGCGGUAGCAGUACUAGUGUUAGUGUAAAUAACUCAGAAAAUAAUGUGAUAAAAACAGAAGCUGGUGGCAUUGUGGCAGUAAAACAGGAAGUCCUGGAAGAUUACGAGCACAUGAUAGACAAUGUAAAUAAUAGCUAUAGGAGCCGGAUUAGCAACAAUAGUAACAGCAACAGUAACAGCAGCAGCAGCAGUAGCAGCAACGUCAAUAGUAGGAACAAUUUUAACCAAUCGUUUAGCAAUAGUAUUAACAGUAGCUUGCAUAAUCGGGCAGUAUCCCAGUAUCAGCAGCAAUUGUUGCAGCAGUCGUUAAGGGCAUUCCAGCAGAAGACGGCUGCACCUGGGGUGUCGGCAGAGGGAACACAAGACACUUCUAGCAGUAGUAGGUUGAACGAGCAUGAUCUUGGCUUGGGAGAGUCGACAGCCUCUGUAGAUAGAAAGGCUAUUGCCAGCGUGUAUACGGAUCUGUUGAGAGAUAUUCAGUCCAGUUGGCUGCAUUUCCGGCCUAAAACGCCAGAACCGAUGCCACAAGAGGAAGACGGCUUACUGGAUGACGAUCCGUUGUUCCAAAUGGAUGCAAACCGAAUAGCUUUGGAGCUGCAGGCACUUGACACCGAACUUCCGGGUGAUAUUUUCAAUACAACCAAAAGUGUUUAUCGAACAAAGCCAUUUGCAAUGGACAGCCUGGUUGAACCCCAUCCGUUAGGGCCGGAAGGUGCUGCUGUGACAAAAGAAGCAACGGAUGAAUUGGAAGUUAAACUGGAAACUUGUUCCAAUUCGGAUAACAAUCUCAGUGGGGAUAGUUUGAAUGAUCUGAACCUCAGUUUAAGCGAGUCCAACGAGGACGAAAAGAUGCUGGAUAAGAUCUUGCAAGAGUGCCAAAUUGAUGACAUGAAGUCGUUAAAUCAGACGAGCAAUUUCUGGAAUGGUAUCCUAGAAGACGGCAUAUUGAAUCAGUUAGAGACUGCAGACGAGACCGGUGCGGGCACUGGUGGUGAUGUAAAGGAAGAUCCCUUAGCGAUGAAUGAACUCGUCAAUCCGCCGUCAGUAGAAGGAUUGCCGGCCCACAAAAUCGGAUAUUGUUCGGAGUUGGUAGGAUACGAUCGAUUAACGAACAUUGAACGCUACAAGAGCAAACGGAGGAAAGUUCUGAAGCGUUGCAAUUACUUAGUAGGCAGCAGUUUCUUUGCUGUACGCAAUCCUCCAACGGAGGAAAUUUUCAAAAAACUGUCCGACUCGGAUGGCAAUGUUCCUUUAGAAGGUGAAAAAGCAGAUGCUGUGGCCGAAGUAGAAGUUAAAGUAGAAGAAGAGACAGAUUCCGUGUCCGCAACAAUACCUGCCGAUCAGAUAAAAAUUGAACCUCCCGAUGAGUUACUGGCCGCGUCUUCUCCGUCCGCAUCUUCUCAAUCAGCACCCCACCUACAGACCAACACUUCCGUGCUACCAGCGGGAAGCACUUUCCAGCAGCAUUCUCUCUCAGUUCCGCAAAUUAAACUCGAACCUAUCAAUCACCUGCAAUCUGUUUCUCAUGCCACUGCCGUUGCUGUAACAGCGUCCCCAGCUACGGCUGCUACAUCAUUCCUGAUCACUUCUCCAUCGGUUCAAGUGGUCCAAUCCAAUCAAGCCACCACCACUGUGUUGAAUCCUUUGAUGGGGUCAGCCCAGUCGGCACUCCCAGUAGUUACCGCCCAGCAUCCCCAACACAGCAAUCUCUCCAGUCAGAUAACUUUGGCCGGCAACGCGGGAAGCGCCAGUAGUAGCGGCACCUCAACGCCGACCGGUAGCUACAUCGUUCAGCAUACGACACCGAUUGUACUCUCGCAGCAACAGAUGCAACAAAUAGCCACCAGCGGAGGGAACAUUGUGACCGUCAGUGGCAACCAGGUGUUAACGGCAACGAAGCAAGCACUCCAACAAGGCCAACAGCAGCACAUACAGCUUCAGCAUGCGACGCAUUCCCAUCAAGGCGAAACGUACGUGCUAACGACGGCGACCCCGUCUGGGCAAUCGCCGCUCAAGAAGCAAAUAAAUGGGCCCAACGAUAAAAUAGUGAAACAAAACGUCAUCAAUCCCAAAUUACAUACGCUUAUAAACCAGAAAUUGGCUGCUACCGGUCAGAAAACCAGUGAUCUCAGCAAGAAGCAGUUCGAGAUGUUGACGAAGGCUCUAGUUUCUCAGAAAAUGAUUGUCAAGUCUGCUAGUGCAGCGAACCACGUGGCAUCGGCCGCAGCAGCGGCGGCAGCUCAGGUGGUUCAGCAACAACAACUGCAGCAACAGCAACAGGGAACGAGUGGUACCAGCACCUACAACGUGAUACAGAAUGCUGCAGGACAGCAAAUUACAAUUCUGUCAGCGACAAGUCAGAAUCCACAGCAAGCAGCACAGAAUAAGAUCAUCCUAACGUCUUCUCCGCAACUGAUACAACAAGCUGCCGGUCAGUUGAUGGCUGCGGCGGCGGCAGCAUCACCGCACGGAAAGAUUUCAAUCAACUCCAAUUUGAUGCAACAACAACAGCAGGGUCAGCAGAUUGCCCAGUUCCAAACUACCGACGGUAGCCAAGGGCAGACGACUUCCGGAACGACGGGAGGACAGCAGAAUGUGAAGUUUGAGAAUGCGGUCAAUAUGUUAUUCGACACAGAAAAAAAUCGAAUAGUGUAUGCGAACAUCAAGAACAGAAGUGGGCAGUUCCUGGCACAGCUGAAUCCGAAAGUGGUUAACAUCAUUCAACCCAUCCAGCAGCAGAAGUUUAUCAACACUGUUGGUGUGCUACAGCAACAACAGCAGCAAUCGGCGAAUGUCCAAAGCAUACUGAGUGGAUCGCCAACUGGUGCCGCCACAAUUGUAAAUAGUAAAGGUGGUAUUCAGCGAAUACCGGCGGUCAGUAUUCGAGCUCAACAGUUGCAACAGCAACAACAGCAGCAGCAACAGGGUCAACAGCAGCUGGAUUCUCAUGGUACAACGACGGUUGCUGUCGCCACCAAUAAUGCGACCAAUAGUAUAAAGUUUAUCCAAGUGACACCGGCAGUGCCAGCUUCGGCUGCAGUUGCUGGCGCAGUAAACGACAACUCAGCGGUCACAGCAUCCAGUAGCGGAUCCGCUUCUCUCGUUGUGCCAUCGUCAUCCGUUGUUGUGGUUGCUGGGAGCGGCGUGAAUGCAACAGGAAAUAAUAUCAACGCUACUGAACCUGCUGGCAUCAAUAUUACCAACAGGUUAGAAUCGAAAGGUGGCCAACUCGAUAGGUAACUGUUGUUAGUUUUAACUCUAUCUUAUUAAUAACAACCUACUGCAUUCAUGAGCAUAUACCAAUCAGUGUUGUGUAAUAUAGCGCAGAGGGAAGAAAGAUAACGCAACAAUUGGAGUUGUAAACCUUUAGAGGAGACGAUUUAAGAAACGACAAGGACAGAAGAAGGAUUGAAGCGAAGUGGAACUGGGUGUGAUCAUCUUUGUAGGAUAUGUUAUUUCUAAUAAUUUAUUUUAUGAGAGAAAACGAAAAUUGCUUAGCUUGUUGGACUGUUACGGAAAGAUGGAAGAAUGUUUCCACUAGUAGCGGGUGUCGCACAUCUGAUGAUCUCAACGGCACCAGCUGGUCGGCCUGGGAUGGCCGAAUUCGAGUGUACGUACUGUUGUCGUGGUAGUUUAGUUGGUCAAUAGAUGCUAUCGAAUAGUGAGACUAAAUCAGCUUAUGGUAAGCUAAACUAAUUAGUUUUUCUUUUUAUUACGGUAAAGAUGUGUGCGCUUAAUUCGGUUCAAAUAAGUGUAUUUGUUGUAGAGAACUUUCGAACGAGUUCGAUAUGGAAUUCAUUUUUAUAGACAAUAGUAUUUGUUUAAGAUCAAUAAUGGACAGUGAGAAUACAAAGCGUUAAGUUUCGAAA